UAAUGCUCUUAUCUAUAUAUACAUACUCAUCACUGGGUCCUCUAUGCUCAGCAAGUUCUCACGUUCUGCAGUAAAGCAUUAAAACUUUCAAUACAAAGAAACAAAGACAAUCCAUGGCGAUCAGGGUUCCUCGCAUGCUACAAUCAUCGAAGCAGAUUCUCCGUCAAGAAAAAAUGUUCUCAUCUUCUUCCUCUUCCUCUAGCUAUCUUGAAGUUCCAAAAGGCUACUUAGCGGUUUACGUAGGAGAAAGAAAGAUGAAGAGAUUUGUAGUUCCCAUCUCGUACUUGAACCAACCUUCAUUUCAAGAUCUUCUAAGAAGGGCAGAGGAAGAAUUUGGAUUUGAUCAUCCAAUGGGUGGCCUCACUAUUCCUUGCAGUGAAGAAACCUUAAACAAUCUUGCUUCUCGCCUCAACUGAUCAUGACUCUCACUCAAAUAACCUUUUCACAAUGGUUUUGUACAUUUUUUUUUCUGAUAUUAGUUUUCUUCAAGAGAUGAGAUGAGGAUGACAUCUCUCCUUGAAAGUGAAACAGAGACAUUGUAACACUCUUUUUCCCUCACUUAAAAAGUGAGUUGACUCAAAUCUAAUCAAAUAUUAAUUUCA